AUGGAAGGAAUAGAGCACAGAACAGUUGAAGUAAAUGGCAUUAAAAUGCAUAUCGCUGAGAAAGGCAAACAAGGACCGGUUGUUUUGUUCCUUCACGGCUUCCCUGAACUCUGGUACUCCUGGCGCCACCAAAUUGCUGCUCUCGGCUCACUCGGUUACCGCGCGGUAGCUCCGGAUCUCCGUGGCUACGGAGACACCGAAGCUCCAGCUUCGAUAAGUAGUUACACGGGGUUUCAUAUAGCGGGUGACAUUGUUGCUCUCAUCGAUUUACUCGGUAUUGAACAAGUGUUCCUUGUAGGUCAUGAUAUGGGUGCUAUUAUUGGUUGGUAUCUAUGCAUGUUUCGCCCGGAAAGAAUCAAAGCCUAUGUGUGUCUCAGUGUUCCCUUUAUCCGUAGAAACCCCAAAGUCAGGACAGUUGAUGCUAUGCGUGCUGUUUACGGUGACGAUUAUUAUAUCUGCAGAUUUCAGGAACCAGGUAAAAUGGAAGCUGAGAUGGCUGAAGUUGGUACUGCAUAUGUGCUGAAAAAUAUCCUCACAACACGGAAAACCGGUCCUCCGAUCCUUCCAAAGGGAGAGUAUGGAACUGGAUUCAACCCGGAUACCCCGGAUACUUUGCCAUCAUGGCUCACAGAAGACGAUCUUGCUUAUUAUGUUUCCAAAUUUGAGAAAACUGGCUUCACUGGAGGAUUGAACUACUAUAGAAACUUUAACUUGAAUUGGGAGCUCGCGGCACCAUGGAGUGGAGUCCAAAUCAAGGUGCCUGUGAAAUUCAUUACAGGUGAGUUAGACAUGAUAUACACCUCGUUUAACACGAAGGAGUAUAUACAUGGUGGAGGUUUCAAGGAAGAUGUGCCCAAUUUGGAGGAAGUGAUUGUGCAGAAAGGUGUGGCUCAUUUCAACAAUGAGGAAGCAGCAGAGGAGAUCAGUAAUCACAUCUAUGAAUUUAUCAAGAGGUUCUGA